AUGUCAGAUCUAGCAAACGAAUUGGGUUUUGAUCCCAGCUUGAAAAAGAAGAAGAAGGUCAAGAAGGCAGUGAGCCCUGAGGACGUAAACGGUGCAGAGACACCCACAUCGGAAGCCGGUGCGGAUGACCUGUUUUCUGGGCUAAAAAAGAAGAAGAAGAAAUCCAAGGAGGCAGUCAAGGACGCCAGCGAUGUACAGGAAGCUGUGGACGAGGUUGAUGCGGCUUUGGGCGAGUUGAAACUGAAGAAAAAGAAGAAGAAGUCCAAGGAAAGCAGUCUGGAUGAUUUCGAAAAACAAUUGGCGAAGGCCGGUGUUUCGACGCCAGGCGAGGGUGCUGACAGCAAUCUCAGCAGCAGGGAGGCCUCACUUGUACCGGGCGAGGAUUCUGCUCUACAACAAGACGCCGGUUUGCCAUACCAGGACCUGCUAUCGAGGUUUUUCCAAACAUUGAGGACAAACAAUCCAGAGCUAGCGGGCGACAGAAGUGGGCCCAAGUUCAGGAUUCCUCCUCCGGUGUGUCAGCGUGACGGUAAGAAGACCAUCUUCUGCAACAUCCAAGAGAUCUCCGAAAAGCUGCAGCGAAACCCAGAACAUCUUAUCCAGUAUCUGUUUGCGGAAUUGGGUACGUCUGGUUCCGUGGACGGUCAGAAGCGGCUGGUCAUGAAGGGUAAGUUUAUGCCCAAGCAAAUGGAAAAUGUCCUGAGACGCUACAUCUUGGAAUACGUUACGUGCAAGACCUGUAAGAGCAUCAAUACCGAUCUACGCAAGGAACAAUCCAACAGAUUGUUUUUCUUGGUAUGCAAGAGCUGUGGUUCCACGAGAUCGGUCUCUUCCAUCAAGACCGGUUUCCAGGCCAUUGUGGGUAAGAGAAAGAAAAUGUAG